AACAAAAACCGAGAAAAUUUCUUCGAGAGUCCGUGAGUGAGUUGUCGAGUGUCGGGUGAAGAGCUUCCAAGUAAUGUCGAGGCUUUGCCGGGGGUUAGAUUACUCGGAGGACGAGGAAGAGCGUGUGGAGACGCCUAUUCAUGUCAUUGACUUGGAGGAGUAUGAGAUGGUUGAGUUAGAGGCUGAGCCGGAGAUGACUAUGUGGGAGGAUUAUCAUGAUGAUCAAGUUGUCUCUAGUGAUCUGUGGGAGCCGUUUUGCUACAUUUGCCGGGAGAUGGGUCAUUACACGAGGGAGUGCUGUUUCUACCAUCCAUAUAGAGAUUCGGCCAACAGAUGCUUGACUUCUGAUGAGACUGGGCAUUAUGUCAGUUUGUGUACGACAGUUAGAGUUGGACCUUCCGAGGAAGCAUCUCAAGUGUUUACCUCUGCACCGACUACUGCCUCUACCACAACUGUGUUUGUGGACUACUGGUCUAGGCCAGGAUUCCCGUCACCAUUCAAGCAUUUGAUGGCCGGAUCUCUUAUGGACGAUAGAAACGGCAUUCCCUCGGGUAACGACCCAUUUCGCUGCAAGUGUAGCAAAAUGGCUUCCACUGCACGGGAGCUGGAGCCAAAGGCACCUCCGUCUCAGGCCUCAUGAUAUCACCCUGUCUGAUAAUGUCAUACUCCCUCUUAAAUAACUUUACAAUAUUUUCUUUUGUUCUUUGCACGAAGUCUCUGUUCUCUUUCUUCGCUCGUUUCAUUCUUGUAGUGAGAUGACAUAUGUGCAGCAAAUUUUUGAGAAGUAUCGAAUACGCCAUUGCACUUGGGACAUGUAUAUGGACCAUAUUUUUCAUAUGGUAGACUAUGUGUCCGACCAUCAUACUGAUCAUCGUUACUUUUCUCAUUUUCUUGAAACUCAAUAUAAUCAGUACUUGUUC